CUGUAAACGUAAAAUGAAAAAAAUAGUAAAAAUCCAGAGCACGAAUGUCUCUGUCCGUUACCAUCAAAAGAUUUGAGGGUUCAUGAUGGGAUACGGUAAUAGAGCUUCCACAUGAAAAAAAAGACACAUUGAGCAUGGGCAAUACCGGCACUGUGUGGGAUAGCGGAUCCUCAAACGGAGUUCGCAGUCACUUGUGUUGCUUGAAGUUUUUAUCCAAAAAAAUCGGUUGAGGAACUACACGGCAAUAGAAAUGUUAUGAUCAUCUGAUGCAAUCGCAUCGUCGCCGUCCCUCCAAGUCGAUUCUUUUUCCUAGGACUGCAGCCAGCGGAGGCCUUGCAGCUCAACCAUUGCAUGCGCGACGUUUAGCGGGUCACACCUCAGAGACGAUACCCGACACCACGUAUCUUUGGGGAUAUGCUUUACUGCUCAUGACUUUUCUCAUGUUCAUGACCACCAUGUAUGCCCUCGUGGGGAGUCAAUACGUGCCUGACACGAAUAACAAGAUAUUGGACUGGAUCAAGCACGAUCAGUAUUAUUGCCUUUUAGUCCCUAUUACUGCGAUAGUGUGGAUCUAUUUUGUCGUGUGGAACUGGAUGGGAAUGAAAUUUUUCCGGCACAAUUGAUUCAGGCCAUUUCCAUACCUAUUCUUGCCCAGCCCGCAUUAUCAUCAUCCUCAUCAUCAUCAUUUCUAUUUUUUCCCUCUUUUCUUUCGUUUACCGGCGACCAGUGGGAUGGAUUGACGACAUUGUGCAACCAUCGAUGUUUGAAAAAAAGACUGCCACCCGUUUCCACGGAAAGAUCCGUUUAUGGAACAAGCCAAGAAAGGCAAUCGUCGUUUGGGAUAAUGGGAUUGUUGGGUUAUUAUUUUUUUCAUUUUUUUUUUAUAAAAACGCCACAAGGGUUCUCCUUCGUAAAACAGGGCAAUGGUUAAAAAAAAAGAAAAAUAGACGGGAUAAACUACGGUUUUUUUUU